UGUUCACGUCAAGAAAAGCAUUUCUUCAACAGUUAAAAAUCCACAAAAUAUAAAACCUUGGAUCAAAAGGAAUAAUUCCAUUGGUGCGCUAUGAUUCUAUUGAAACAGCUCCUUCUCUUGUCCUUCGCUUUGCCCUUCGCUUUCCCUCAAGACGCUGAGCCAUCUCUGAUCCUCCAAAUCAACCAGCCACAGCUGGAUAAACUCGACGCCCAAGCACAUUGUACGAGCUGGAGGGUGGCUGUGGAAGCCAACAAUCUGAGCCCUUGGAAGACGGUUCCUGAAGAGUGCCGUGAUUAUGUGAUGGAAUAUAUGAGAGGGAGAGGGUACCUCCUCGAUCUCCAGAGGGUCGCCGAUGAGGCCGUCUUGUAUGCCAGAAGUGUUAAGUUGAACGGGGAUGGGAAAUUCGCCUGGAUUUUUGAUGUGGAUGAGACUCUGCUUUCGAAUCUCCCCUAUUAUGCUCAACAUGGCUACGGGUCGGAGAUAUUUGAUGGUGGGAAAUUUGAUGAGUGGGUUGAGAUGGGGAGGGCGCCGGCUAUAGAGUCUAGUUUGAAGGUGUACGAAGAGGUUUUGAAUUUGGGAUUUAAGGUCAUUUUGUUGACUGGUCGAAGCGAGAGGUAUCGGGGUGUUACGGUUGAGAAUUUGUUCCAAUCUGGAUUCCGGGAUUGGGGCAUGCUCAUUCUCAGGUCGUCGGAGGAUCAUGGAAAGACAGCAAUGGUGUACAAGUCGGAGAAGAGGAGAGAGGUGGAGCAGGAAGGUUACGAAAUAGUGGGAAACUCUGGAGACCAAUGGAGUGAUUUGUUGGGGUCUUCCAUGUCCAUACGUUCUUUCAAGCUUCCAAAUCCCAUGUAUUACAUUCCUUGAUCUAUUCUUUUACCAUUCAAAAACCUCUAUCUGCAACUUGCUUGUAGAUCUAUUGUUUGUCAAAUUUGAAUGAUGUACAGGAAGAUCUGGGAACUAAAACAAUAAGUGUUAUAUAUGUUGGUUUGUUUAGCUACUA